ACUUGUCCGCAGCUCAUUUCCGGCUUUUAGCUCCCACCUUCAUUGUGUAGCAGGAAGUGCUUUGUUGAGCUACUUUCUGCUCAAAACAUGGAUUAAAUUCGUAUUUUUCUGGAUUUAUCCGAGUCACUCGGUCUCUGGAGGAUGUCUUCCCCGGUGAAGAGUGGGGAUAUCAUCCACCUGAAUGUCGGUGGGAAGAGGUUCAGUACCUCCAGACAGACGCUCACCUGGGUUCCUGACUCCUUCUUCUCCAGCCUGCUGAGCGGCCGCAUCUCCACCCUGAAAGAUGACGAAGGAGCCAUCUUCAUCGAUCGCGACCCGUCGCUCUUUGCUCCCAUCCUCAACUUCCUGCGCAGCAAAGAGCUGUACCCACGCUCCAUCAACGUGCACAUGCUCAUGCACGAGGCGGAGUUCUACGGGAUCACGCCGCUGGUGCGAAAGCUGCAGCUGUGUGACGAGUUGGACCGGUCCUCCUGUGGAAACGUUCUGUUCAAUGGAUACCUGCCUCCCCCAGUGUACCCGGCGAAGCGUCGGAACCGCCACAGCGUGGCCGGGUCUCAGUUCAUGGUGGGCCGGGCCGGGCCAGCGGAGCGAGCGCCGGUCCGGCGCAGCAACACGAUGCCUCCCAACCUGGGGAACGCCGGGCUUCUGGGCCGGUCCGGCGCCGAGGACAGGACGUCUGCAGGAGGAUCGUCGGAUCCCGGCAUGGUCCGGAUCAUCUGCGGCCAUCACAACUGGAUCGCCGUGGCGUACGCUCAGUUUGUCGUCUGCUAUAGGAUGAAGGAAUCCACCGGCUGGCAGCAGGUCUUCACCUCGCCGCGCCUCGACUGCGUCAUCGACAGAGUCGCCCUCAACGCCAAGGUGAUGGGCGGGUCGCUGGGAGACAACGACAAGAUGGUUGCCGUCGCCUCGGUGACGGAGAUCAUCCUCUGGUCCAUCUGUCCCGACGGAAACGGGAACGAAAUCGGCGUCUUCAGCCUCAACGUUCCGGCCGAGGCGCUCUUCUUUGUUGGUAACCAGCUGAUCGCCACCAGCCACACCGGGAAGGUCGGCGUCUGGAACGCCGUCACCAAGCACUGGCAGAACCAGGAUGUUGUUCCCAUCAGCAGCUACGACACUGCCGGAUCCUUCCUCAUCCUCGGCUGCAACAACGGAUCCAUCUACUACAUUGACGUCCAGAAGUUCCCUCUGAGGAUGAAGGACAACGACCUGCUGGUGACGGAGCUCUACAGGGACCCGACCGAGGACGCCAUCACCGCCCUCAGCGUCUACCUGACCCCCAAAACCAGUGACAGCGGGAACUGGAUCGAGAUCGCCUAUGGAACCAGUUCUGGAACGGUCCGGGUCAUCGUCCAGCAUCCAGAGACGGUCGGCUCCGGUCCGCAGCUCUUCCAGACCUUCUCCGUCCACCGCAGUCCCGUCACCAAGAUUAUGCUGUCUGAGAAGCACCUCAUAUCAGUCUGUGCGGACAACAACCACGUUCGGACCUGGACUGUGACCCGGUUCCGAGGGAUGAUCUCCACCCAGCCCGGGUCCACUCCACUCACCUCCUUCAAGAUCCUGAGUCUGGAUGACGUGGACGGUCACGGAGGCUGCAGCGCCGGAACCGAGAUCGGUCCGUACGGGGAGCGGGAUGACCAGCAGGUGUUCAUCCAGAGAGUGGUUCCGGACACGGAUAAGCUCUACGUCCGGCUGUCGUCCAACGGGAAGAGGGUGUGCGAGGUGCGGUCGGUGGACGGGACGUCCAUCACGGCCUUCAUGGUCCACGAGUGCGAGGGCUCGAGUCGCAUCGGCUCGCGCCCGCGCCGCUACCUGUUCAGCGGCCAUGGCAACGGCAGCAUCCAGAUGUGGGACUUGACCACGGCCAUGGAGAUCGCCGGGAAGGUCGACAUCAGAGCGCUGGGCGGGCCGACGGAGGAGGAGCUGCUGGAGCUGCUAGACCAGUGUGACCUGGCUCUGACCCGAACGCCCGACAGCACGCCCAGGGCCUCCACCUGCAGCCUCCACUCUCAGCUCAGCGACAGUUUCCGGGCCGACCGUUUUCGCGGUUCGCCUGGAGUGUUGGGGUCCUCAGCCUCGCUGAGCGGCAGCCUCCCUCGGCAGACUCCGCCCCCGGGUCCCCUCAGCAGACCGCCCAGAGACCCCGCCGCCCCCUCUGCCAGCUUCCAGGGCCUUUAUGGCCCCGCCCACCUCCAGAGUCCCGCCCACCAUCAGAGCCCGAGCCCCCAGGCGCCUCGGUACCACCCGGAGCGGGAGGCAGUCCGGCGCGGCAGCUUUGUGGAGCGCUGCCAGGAGCUGGCCAAGGGCCCCGAGGCGGCGGCCAGCUCGGCCUUCGGCACGCCGCCGUGGUCGGAGGGCAUGAGGCGCAGCGUGGCGGUCUGCAGCGAGCUGGAGGCCAGGUUCAGCUUGCGGACCCCCACCAGCUUCACUGUGUCCCCCGGAGCCCGCUACACCCCAGGGACGCCGUCCUCCAUGUCUGCCUCCCCUCUGUCCUCUUCCUCGCACCGCAGGGCCACGCCCACCUCACCCACAAGCCCCGCCUCCUCCAUGCCCAGUGCAAGCCGCUCCUUGACCCCUGCAUCGCCUCGCCGUGGCGCUGCAGCAUCGCCUGCUGAGGCGGCGGCGACACCAGAGAGUUCAGCGAGUCCAGAGGGAACCGGAGUGGCGGCGCCAUCCAGCCCCAAACCACACAUGAACGAGACCAGCUUCUGAUUGGCCGACCAGACUGGCUUCUGAUUGGUUGACCAAAUUGAGAUGUUCAGAUUCCCUUAAACCUCUGGAUCAACUGCUUUUCUCCAGCAGGUGGCACUACGGAGCUGGGAAUGAACUCUGCAGCUGGAAUUCUCCAGAACCAAACCCGGUCCUGAGAUCAGGAUGAAGGUUUUUCUUCACUGCAUUAAUUAAUUUCACUCAGAACCUGAGGGAAAACGCUGACCCAACCGGACUGGACUCGGCUGAUGGUGUUUGUGACGUUUUCUAACGUUUAUAUCCGACAGUUUUCUGCUUCGGUUUCUACAGAAGAUUUAUUUUUAUCAUUUCUACCCGAAGUUUGAUUUAAAGCCUGCAGGGGGCAGCGGCGGGUCCUGUCAGAUUCUCUGCCACCAUCAGUUUCCAACAAAAGAAAAACAUCCUCUGUUUAAGCUCUGAAGUAUUUAUUCUGAAGGUUUUCUGUAAUGCUGAAGCUGAUGUUUAUUUGGAUGUUUUGUCUCUGCAGUUCAGCAGGUUUAUGUGAAGAAAGACACUCUGUAUGCAAGAAGUACUUCAGUACAACAUAAAUAUACUUUUCUGUAUUUCUGCCACUUUAACUUCCCUCUCUGGCGCUUUUAUCCAAAUACUUUCAGUUCAGCAGCUGAUUGAAUAACCAACGGUUAUUAAAGAGGAGACGCUGGUUUGGCACAGAGGGAUUUCAGUGCAUUGCUGCCGAAGUCGUUUUUAUGUUCAGUCUAAAAUCACAAACUGUUUAAAAACAGAGAAGGAAAGAAAGCGAGAACAUGGCUGACGGAGCAGAGAGACCUAACAGACCGGCGUUUGUGGAAGCAUUUAAAACCUCAGUGGAGAGAGUUCAGUCGGAGGUAGAGGGAAGAGAAACACUGUUACCAGCUGCCGUUACACUGUUAUUAAUUUAGCUCAGACACUGAGGGACAAAAAUGAUCCAGCCUCUGCUACUUAUCUAAUGAACUUUAUGCUCACAAACAACACCCUGAACCGCCCAAUUUCAAUCUUUUCAUGCAAGAAAAAUCUGACUUUUUGCGUGUAACUAAAUCGGAUGCAUAUCCGAUAGUUUCCCAGCAUCUACAGUCUGAACGGUCAUCUCGCAUUUUAUCCGACUUCCACUUCACUGAAGUGGGACGUGUCUUAGUUCUGCUCCAGACGUGGUAAAUGUUCCUUCGUCUGGUUCUGAUCUGUUCUCCGUGCUGUUUAAAAUCUGUCCAUGGAUGCGUCGGCCAUCUUUCCAGCUGUAAACAGAUCUCCGAGUGGCAACUGCGGUCUUCUUCUGCACAUGCGGGUCGCUUUGACUAAACCGUUCAGACAGAAGUCUGACUGCAGGCGCAUUUAAUUUUAGCAUGAACGAUUAUGCAAGACAAAAAAAGUUGGAUUUCAACAGAAAUAGAACAAAAUAUGAAGACCUGCUGUGUGAACGAAGCUUUACUUCGCCCAUAUUUCCUGCUUAGGGGAUGCUAGUAACGAAUAAUCAGACAAUUACAACUUAUUCCUCCUAAAUUUUCAGUGAAAUAAUCACAUUCUAGCUGCUAAUUGUCCAUAUAUGGUCAUGCCUUCCUGUUUUAACAGGCUUGAGAGAGAAAAUAAUUGAUUUCUGGAAAAAUUGUUUAAAUUUUUUAUUGUGGUUGUUGGCAUUAAACUUUUGGUUUUCAUUCUUCCUGCUGUA